AUGGCUGAGCUCCGGUUUAAUAUUGCCUGGAAAGGAGGUGGCUUUAACAAGUUUCAGACCGAAUAUUCUGAGCACUGCGAGACGAACCUCGACAGCUCCUCGCCCAGCAACUCUCCCCCAGCGUCGGUCCUUGGCCUGGGAGGGCUGCGGAUAAGUUCCGACUGCUCGGAUGGCGAAUCCGACAGGGAACCCAGCAGUGCCACGGAGUCAGAUGGGAGUCCCAUCCCUAACAAUCAGCCUGCCUUUCCGGUCCAGAUCCUACCUUACCUGUACCUGGGCUGUGCCAAAGAUUCGACCAACUUGGACGUCCUGGGCAAAUACGGCAUUAAAUACAUCCUGAAUGUGACUCCUAACCUGCCAAACAUGUUUGAGCAUGACGGGGAGUUCAAGUACAAGCAGAUCCCCAUCUCGGAUCACUGGAGCCAGAACCUCUCGCAGUUCUUUCCCGAGGCCAUUGCUUUCAUUGAUGAGGCCCGUUCCAAGAAGUGUGGGAUCCUUGUUCACUGCCUCGCUGGCAUCAGCCGGUCCGUAACAGUCACUGUCGCCUACUUGAUGCAAAAACUCAACUUGUCCCUGAACGAUGCCUAUGACUUUGUGAAAAGGAAAAAAUCCAACAUUUCCCCAAACUUUAACUUCAUGGGCCAACUCCUGGACUUUGAGAGGACUCUGGGACUCAACAGCCCUUGUGACAACCGCUCGCCCAGUGAACAGCUCUACUUCACCACCCCCACCAACCACAACCUGUUUCAGCUGAACACCCUGGAGUCCACAUGAAGAGGACACUGCCUGGUCGGGAACUCGAGCAUCGAAUCGCUUCUCUUGAGCAUUUCAACUCUUACGAAAAAUAUCUGUCUUGCCAGGCAGCUCUGGAAGGAGUAGCUUCUCUGGGCAGAGGUGCCUGAUCGCUGCUUUAGGAAGGCUAAUGCCGUUCACUAGUAUCCUGAUCCAAGUGGUUCCAAGAGGUGCUGCUGUCAAGUCCCAUUGAAAACAGGACACAGGGCAGGAUGAAGCUUGAUCCAACAACAAUUAGUGGCUCUGAUUCCUCUGCUUUUCCAAGAAGAUACUGUCCUGGAAUGAGCUGUGUGUGGCACACUGUGGUCGUGUGUGUCUGAGGAGCUUUUAUGGAGGCUGGAGACACUGAGGUCUCUCUCUGUUCAAUAGAGCUGCUGAGGUGCAUGGCUUGAGGAGAAAACUCCUGAGGUUAUUGUACAUCUGUUAUCAAAUGGACAUUGUAAACAGACAGCCAAAGCAUUGAGAAGGUCUUCAUACCAACAGGAACAUCUUAUUCUUCACCAGCACCAGGCACUCUGAAAUGAACAGAUUCCUUAGGCAAUGGAAAGCUAUUCCCUGGGUCAACAAACCCCACCUCUUGUCUCCUCUGAGGAAUGUUUGGGCAAGAAACCAACUCCAAAAGGAUUUGCUUUCUUCAACCUGUCCUCUCUCAUCUCAAGUACUCUGCUUCUGGUUAAGAAGGACUGGAUGAUGUGGAAGUAUCUGGAUGGGUCAGGCCAACUCAUCCUGCCCUCAAAGCCCUCGUGUGCUACUUAAACCCACACCACCACAGUGGGGCGAGACACUGUGUGGGAGUGUGAGACAGUUCCUAAUGUUCCUGUUGAUCAAAUGGCCCACUGAGUCUCCUGAUCUGCUGUGGUGAUAAGUCAUAACAAGGACUCUCUCUUAAUCCUCAUUAUCCUCUGCUGGCGCUUCCUGCCCACAUACACUAGAUAUUUCCUAUCAACAGGGAGUAACCUCUGUAGAAGAUAGGAUCAGAUUCCCAGGAACCAGGCUGUAGUAAGAGUGAAGAAAGAAUGAGGAAACAGUCCUAAUUUGAGGCUAAUCUUAUAAAUACAGGGCUGGAUACAGACAAUAGGAAGAGAUAUGUCAGGAGAGCUUUAGCAUUUAUUUAGGAAAGGAUCAUCUUUUUCCAGGAGUAGCCUUAAUUGUAACUUAUGAUGUGAUGAAGUUGCUGUUUGAUGUCAGCUUCGGCAGAGGGAAAGAGACAGAUUCUGCUUUGUGUCACCAGAGGAGGAGUAGCCCGAGAAAAAUACAGAGAAAAGUGUUUUUAAAAGUACUUUUUUGUCACUUGUGUACUGAUUCAAGCUGCAUGGAUGGAAUGUUUAAUUUUCCCAGUUUUUAUUCAAAUAAACCACUAAAUAAGAA